UGGGCAAGCAAGUGUGAAACGUAAAGCAAACACCAUUUAACACACACAAGACAAGAACCAACCCAAUACGCAUCAUCAGAAGAAGAACCCUAAAUUCCAGGAAGAGAGAAGAUAAAUAUCUCAAGCUUCAAGCAAUCGUUAAAGUUCCAAGCUUUCGAUAUCGAUCUAUCUGGUUUCCAAAGCCUCGCUAAAGGGUCUCUCUGUCUUAUUCUGAAAAAAAAUUGAAGCUUGAUUUGGUUCGAGAGAGAGAAAGAGAGAGAGAAGAUAUGAAUAGUUUGUCAGCGAACAUGUUGUUACCGACAAGGCUGAAACCAGCUUAUUCAGACAAACGGGGUAAUAGUACGAACUCUCUCCCCGUCUCCAAUACAAGAUCCAAGAGGAAGAACCAAUCAGUUGUUCCUAUGGCAAGAUUGUUUGGACCGGCGAUUUUCGAAUCAUCCAAGUUGAAAGUAUUGUUUCUAGGUGUUGAUGACAAGAAGCAUCCACCAACGCUUCCAAGGACUUACACUCUCACUCACAGUGACAUUACAGCUAAACUAACUUUAGCUAUUUCUCACUCCAUUAACAAUUCUCAGUUGCAAGGAUGGGCAAAUAGGCUAUACAGAGAUGAAGUGGUAGCAGAAUGGAAGAAAGUCAAAGGGGACAUGUCUCUUCACGUCCACUGUCACAUUAGCGGAGGCCAUUUCCUCUUAGAUCUCUUCCCAAAGCUUAGAUACUACAUCUUUUCCAAAGAACUACCUGUUGUGUUGAAGGCUAUUGUUCAUGGAGACGGCAACUUGUUGAACAACUAUCCCGAUUUACAAGAAGCUCUUGUUUGGGUUUAUUUCCAUUCUAAUGCCGAUGAGUUCAACAGAGUCGAGUGUUGGGGUCCGCUUUGGGAAGCUACUUCGUCUGAUGGUCACAGGACUCAGACUCUUCCUGAAACUCGGUGCAAGGAUGAAUGCAGUUGUUGUUUCCCGCAGGUUAGCUCGAUUCCGUGGUCUCAUAGUCUUAGUAACGAAGGUGUUGGUGGCUACUCUGGGACUCAAUCCGAGGGAAUGUCUACUCCUAAUCCGGAGAAACUCUAAUGAUUCAACGGACAUAAUACAAGUCUUUUGUAUAUGGAAACCUUUUGGUAGAUCUAAUAUUAGUCUGGUUUGGUGUACAUAAUGUGGUAUAGGAAAGUAACGAUUAUUUGUAUAUGUUUAAUAGUAUUAAAUUAAGUUAAACAUGUUUAAUAUUAUGUGUCUAUUAUUUGUAUAUGUUAAACAUGUUUAAUAUUAUGUGUCUGCUCUUGUAAUGAAGUCAAAGAAGUUGGUUUGUAUA